UGUGUACAAUCAAUUAUCUUAUUGAGAAGAAUACGAUGGCGGCAGGGGGAGGUGUUGAUGUCUCUAGAAGUUCUCUUUCCGUCAAAAAAGACUACGACUUUUACAGGAACGGUGAUGGUGAGAGGCGUCAUCACGCCAAACGUCCUAACGAGCAAGAUCUCAGGAGGAGUGAUGUUCGUAGAAGCCGAUCACGGUUCCCUUCUGAGAAAGGGGAGCCACGGGAUAAGGAGGAGGAGGAGGUGCAGAGACCCCCUGAGAAAAGGAGGAAGUUUUCACCUAUCUUGUGGGACGUUGAAGAUAAAGUGGCUAAAGCUCCCCCUAGGGAGAAGACAAGGACUACAAAUAAGCAGGGUGUUGAUGUAACUCUUACUAGGAAGACUUCUCCGAAGGAGCAGGUCAACGUUGUGAUCUCACCAGAAGCUCCGUCUACGGAGAAGACAAGGACUACAAAUCUGAUACGUAAGCAGGGUGUUGAUGUAACUCUUACUAGGAAGACUUCUCCGAAGGAGCAGGUUGUGAUGUCACCAGAAGCUGUUGAAGCUCAGGGGCCUGGGGUACUUAAUCAUGAGGUUGAUUUAACUUUUGCUAGGAAGACUUCUCCGGAGGAUCAGGUCAAUGUUGUGAUGUCACAAGAACCGGUUGAUGAAUUAGAGGAGGGUCAGUUGGAGGAAGAACAGGAGGUGAAGCAGGAGGCAUCACCUGUUAAGAAAUCUAGAUGGGAGACGGGUUUAACUUCACACAAAGAGGAGUUAAUAUCUCAUGCUGAUGAUGUUGUUCCCAAGACCAGUAGAUGGAACAGGAGCAGUUUGAGUCCGGAGUGUGGUGAGUUAGUUGUGUCUGAAGAACGGCAUUGCAAUUCGUCCGGAUCUGGCAGUGGACGUCAGAGCGUAGAGAAGCUUAGCGGUAAUGAAUAUUCUGAUAAUGAGUAUUUUAGUUCUGAUCAUGAUGAGUUGGAAGCUGAAGAACCAGCUUCUCCAGCUCAGGGAGUGAUGAACAUGCUACUCGGUAGCAGGUCUGUGAAUGGGUUUCAGAAGCUAAACAAGAUUAACGAAGGUACAUACGGUAUUGUUUAUAGAGCGCGGGAUGAGAAAACAAAGGAGAUUGUGGCACUCAAAAAGAUCAAGAUGAAGGAAGACAAGUACGAAGAAGAGUACGGAUUCCCUUUGACGUCUCUGAGGGAAAUCAACAUACUUUUGUCAUGCAACCACCCUUCAAUAGUGAACGUGAAGGAAGUUGUGGUUGGAGGGAAGAACGACAGCGAUGUUUACAUGGUCAUGGAACACUUGGAGCACGACUUGAAGUGCUUGAUGGAAAGGAAGAAACAGCCUUUCAGCACCAGCGAGGUCAAGUGCUUGAUGCUGCAGCUACUGGAGGGUGUGCACUACCUUCACACGAACUGGAUCAUCCACAGGGAUCUGAAGCCUUCUAAUCUCCUGAUGAACAACAGUGGGGAGUUGAAGAUUUGUGAUUUCGGUAUGGCGCGCCAGUACGGUAGCCCUAUCAAGCCUUACACCCAGAUGGUUAUCACUCAGUGGUACAGACCACCAGAGCUUCUUCUAGGAGCGAAGCAGUACUCUACGGCUGUUGAUAUGUGGUCGAUUGGUUGCAUUAUGGCGGAACUCUUGUCUCAAAAGCCUUUGUUCCCGGGCAAGACUGAACUUGACCAACUUCAAAAGAUCUUUGCGGUCCUUGGAACACCGAACGAGUCAAUCUGGCCUGGAUUCUCAUCAUUGCCCAAUGCUAAAGCCAAGUUUCCAACACAAUCGUAUAAUUUGUUGCGUAAGAAGUUUCCAGCAAUAUCAUUUGUAGGUGGUCAGAUUCUCUCAGAACGUGGAUUUGAUUUGCUGAAUGGUUUACUGACGUUGGAUCCUGAGAAGCGUCUAACAGUGGAGGAAGCUCUCAACCAUAGUUGGUUUCAUGAAGUGCCUCUCCCAAAAGCCCAAGAUUUCAUGCCCACAUUUCCUCCAAGGCGCUAGAUUUAGAUUGUUUUCUUUUCAUCAAAAGUUUGACGGAACGUUUAUUAGAAAGUGGAAAAAAAUGUACAAUUUGUUGAGUAUCACUUUUGGUGUCUCAAAUCAAACGUGUAUCGAUGACAUUGACGAGAAAUGUGAAACGGGUCCAGGUUUCAAAAAACCAAGCCCGUUAUUUA